AUGCUCUCCCUUCGAGCCUUCGCCCGCAGGGCACCUCGAAGCGCAUCGCAACUCGCCGGUUACACCACUCGCUCCUCGAUACGACCCGCCACGGAGACCUUCGCCAAACCCUCCAGCGUCUUCUCAGCACGAUACCAGCCACUCAAAGCCUUCAGCACGUCCGCCUCACGGUUUGACGAUGCCGGCCAGGAGCUCGCGGCGAAGCUCGAGGGCGAGAUCAACAUCGAAUCAGAGAACAGCGAGUCCAGCACAGAUUCCGACUCCAAUGUCAAGACUUUCUUCGACCAGAACAGCUUCUGGUCAGUAGAGGAUAAGAGCGGGGAGCAGGAUGUGUUUCUCACACGAUCGUACGACGACGAGAACAUUACGGUCAGCUUUAGCAUUGCCGACUUCAACUCGCCCUCAAUGAUGCCGGAAGACGAAGCCGAUGAGGCGUUCAUGGACGAGGAUGAGGACGUCGAGACUCCGCAAAGCGGCGGCGCCAACACCAAGGGUGCAGUGAAUCAGGGCCGGACUUCUGGUGGCAACGUCAAGGUCGCGCCUGAAGACAGCAUUGCUCCCGCUGACCGAGAUGAGCUCCGCAACGAUGAGGACGACGACUACUCUCAGAACCAGGCUUUCCCCGCCAAAGUAAACGUCCUCAUCCAGCGAUCCGGCAAGGAUGGUGCUCUCCGCUUCCACCUCGUCACCGACGGCUCCGGCUUUACCAUUGACAACGUCACCCACAUGCCCACGACCACCAGCAGCGCUGCCGAGCUCCUUCGCGACACUCCCGAAACCGUCUACACUGGCCCGCCAUUCCAGCAGCUAGACGAAGAGGUGCAGAUGCUGAUGCAGAACUACCUUGAGAAGAGAGGUUUCGAUACUUCUUUGGCCGCCUUCAUCCCAGACUACAUUGAUGUCAAGGAGCAGAGGGAGUACCUUUCGUGGCUGGGAAGGAUGAAGGGGUUUGUGGAGUAA